GGGGGUUCCAUCUGUCCCUGCCCCAGCCUCUGUGGGCGGGACAGAGACAAGCGCUCGAGCUUCACAAAUCCCUUCUCCGGCUCCGGGAGAGGCUCCAACGGCCCCGCACGAGCCAGGCAGAGCCGCAGCGUCCCGGACGCGUUCGCAGCCCGGCUCGUCCUCCCCCCAGCCCAACGUCACUUCCGCUCCCGGGAGAGUCAGGAACUACAUCUCCCAGCCUGCCCCGGGGCGCUUCCGCCCUCUGCAGCCCAGGUGUUGGGAUGGUGGGUGAGAAUGAGGAGGAGAAACCCCAGCAGGAAGAUGCUGAGCAAGUAGAACCACAUGGAACAUUAUCAGGAAGAUCCAAAGGGAAUGUUUCUGGGAGUUGUGGACUCCCAGAAAAAUCAAAAGCCUGUGAGACUCAGCAGAGGCCAGAGGAAAACUUCAGUAGCCACUCAGACCUUAUUACACAUGAGAGAAUCAACUUGGAAGAGACACACUACACAUGCCAUGAGUGUGGGAAAAGCUUCAAUGGGAGCUCUCACCUUCUCAGACAUCAGGGAAUCCACAGAGGAGAGAGACCCUACACAUGUUCUGAGUGCGGUAAUAGCUUCAAUCAGAACUAUACCCUCAUCAGACAUUGGAGAACCCACACUGGAGAGAAACCCUACACGUGCUCUGAGUGUGGGAAAAGCUUCAAUCAGAGCUCAAACCUUAUCAGACAUAGGAAAAUCCACACAGGGGAGAAACCUUAUGAAUGCUCUGAGUGUGGGAAACACUUCAUUCAUAAUUCAGCCCUCAUCUCACAUCAGAAAAUCCACACAGGAGAGACACCCUACAUAUGCUUUGAGUGUGGGAAAAGCUUCAAUAAUAGCUCUGACCUGAUCACACAUCGUAGAAUCCACACAGGAGAGAAACCCUACACAUGCUCUGAGUGUGGGAAAAGCUUCAAUCAGAGCUCAAUCCUUACUAGACAUCAGAAAAUUCACAUGAGAGAGAACUGUAAUAAAUGCCUUGACUAGAGCUGGCUAAAGAUUUUUCUUUAAAAAAAAUCACAUUUGCUGAUUCCCAGAGAGCGAUCUUUGUACCAUCUUCACUGUGGUCUCUCAGCUCCCCCAGAUGAGUUGCCUGCUUCUGCCUUUUUCAGCUCACCCUCCUUUGGGGUCAGUCCUGUGAUCUAUUCUAUCAAUUCCUUUCCGUUCGAGUCAAAGGAGUGUGUGUCCCUCCAGCCAGGA